GCCCUCGCCAAGACUGGUCAUUUCCUGACUGUUUGCCAGCAUGCCUUUAUCUGUUACUCUCCCAAUCAAAUUAAUACUCUUUCCAGAGCCAAAUACUCAAUUGCCUCUCUGGCCCAGCUACUUGAUGCUUGCAGUCAAGACAUUGGAUUUGGUUAUGAUAUUGGCUGCACAAACUUGAUCACUGUUUUCCAGAGCAGCAUUGGCAACAAAGCUGCUGCAUCUGGACUUAGGUUUUUUGUAGGGGCAUUCCAUGGAUAUGCCCAUAACCACUGGUGCCAGAUUCAUUUCCACCCACAAGUACUGACUAUUGCUGGUCUCAAAGAUUUUGAGACCUGUGAGUGGGUGUUCAGUCAAGAGAAUUGCUGUGCCCACCUAUUCCGGCAUGGAUCUGCAUUUCAUCAUCAUAUGACUCUAGAUUGGUUUUACCAGACAUGGGAUUUGGAUCACCAUGCUGCCCUGGGUGAGUAA